UUUCCCAUUGUGAUCUUGUUUUGGGCUACUAGAGGGUGAUACCUAUCGCAUACUGAAAAUUUAUGUGGAGGUCACUUUGACCAUAUAUAAUCAUAUUUUUCAUCACUUUGUUCACGCUCUCGCCGUUGGCGCUAGUAGCGCUAUUCAAGUAGGCAUUCAUCGCACAUACUUCCCUCCGUGCUAUAUAUUGUUAAUUACAAGUGUUUGUUCCCUCAUAGACUUGACGACACCGCAUUCAUUUAGUUUUGGAGUGUGCUCGCAGUGCAUGUGUUGUUAUUUUUGUAAUUUUUCUUUUUUUUGUUUCUCUGGAGUUUACAAUGAGCCGAAGAGCGUUGUUGAUGUUAAAGAUGGCCCAAGACACUCCUGACUUAAACAACGCGAAGUUAACUAAUGAAUGCGUUUUUGGCGACAAGAGGAGUUCAGACCAAGAGAAUCAAUUAUGUGAUCGAAAUGCUCUAAUUCAACAGGACCCCAAAGAAUAUACACAAUCCUUAAUCGAAGUGAAUUGCCAAAAUGAUGGUUUACCACCACCAAGUUUAUGUGCAAAUUGCCCAGGCGACUCUAGCUGUACUUGUAGUAUUAUUUCCAAUACUACCGGUUCUAGCCAGUCUAUUUGUACAGAGGAACAUUAUAGAAACUUAUUUCCCACAAUUACAAACGACGUAUCUCCCAUCAUUUCAAAUAAAAAUAGUACAUAUUUGACGGUAGUGCCCAUUGGAAAUACUACCGACCCAUACUAUUUUGAUGAGGGAACAUCUAGCAAUUUGGAUGUGAUUCAAACUUUGGGGAGUAACAGUGACUUUAGUGACGAUAGCAGAGAUAAGGAUUUUGCUAUUGAAGCUGAGGGAAGCGAUUCUUCUGACACUAGUACAAUAGGUUCUUCGGAUAAUGACAGUUUAAACGGCGAGACUGUUCAAAAACAAAUUUUGACCGAAACUGUGGCAAAUUUUGAGAAUGUAAGACCUCUCUCGGAUAAAUUAAGACAACAGAAGAAGAACGAUUAUAGGAAUAAGCCCGUUUCGUGUAAAUUUUGCGAUGAAGAUGUGACCUCAAGAAAUUUUGUAAGACAUUUAACUAGAAAACAUAACCAUGAAACGGAAGUACAGAAUAUUUUGAAAUUUCCAGCCAAAUGCAAAGAACGAAAACAUGCAUUAAGUUUGCUUCGCAACGAGUCUAAUUUCAAUCUAUAUUUGAAGGGGACUAUUCGCCCAAAGAAACAAACAGCUGAGAAAGAAAAUAUAGAAUACUAUCCGUGUGUGUUCUGUAAAGCUGUAUAUACAAAAAAAUUUUUAAUGCGACAUGUCAAAUCUUGUGCUCACAAGAAGGUGUCAACUAAUAACAUAAACUAUAAAUCCAGUUAUGUCUCGCAAUCACAGACGGUCGUGGCAUGCGCUCUCGACCCCACUGAUGCCAUUUCCAAAUUAGAAGUAAAAGAAAAGGUUUUCAACAUGAUGAGGGGCGAUCAAAUAUCCUUUGUGGCGAAAAAAGACCUUUUAAUAGUGCACUACGGUGAAUCGUAUUUAAAGUCUCAAAAAAGAGAAAGGAAGGAAUAUAGUUGCAGUAGUAAGAUUAGAGAAUUAGCGCGAUUGUUAAUCGCAUAUAGAACGAUAGUUAAUGAUGAUAGUGUCUCUUUUAAGGAUUUACUUCACCCAGAAAAGUUUGACAACGUAGUAUUGGCCACCAGAAACAUUUCUGGUUUUGAUCCAAUUAAAAAAUCCUUUCAAUCACCCAGCAUAGCAAUGCACAUGGGCACAUCAUUAAAAACUGUAUCUGAUGAACUAAUUCAUUUAGUAUUAAAAGGUAGCAAAGGUUUUAAAUGCAGUUCGCCGGAUGAAUCCCGAUCUUGGCGGCAAGAUAUAAAGAAUUUUAAAAAACUGGUCGAGUCUAGAUGGAACACAGAAAUAUCAUCAGUAGCUAACAAAGAUUUGAACGAAAAACGAUGGCAGAAACCACUAUUAGUGCCGUUUAUUAAUGACGUGAAAAUAUUUAGAGAGGAAACAUUAAAAUUUGCCAAGGAAUGUGAACAACUAUUUCUAAAAGGAACCGACACAGACGUGACAUACAAAAUGUUAGUUCAAUGCACAUUGGCGCUGCUGAUUCUCUUCAACAGACGUAGGAUUGGGGACGUACAGUACUUGAAAGUCAAUGACUAUAAUUCGGAGACAAAAACCAAUUUUCAAGAUUUCGAGAGUGCUUUAUCCGAACCCGAAAAGGUGCUAACGCGGCAGUAUAAACGGGUGGUCAAUGGCGGUAAGGGUUCACGCGCUGUAGUGAUAUUAGUCCCGCAACUAUUACAACAUUUCAUAAGCAUACUACUUGAAAACAGACAUAAAUACAUUCCUGUGGACAAUCAAUAUAUGUUCGCAAUACCACACAGCAAACUCAAGUGGGCACAGGGCGACGUUGCGAUUCGACACUUGACCACCAAAAUGAAGUUGCAAAAUGCAGCAGCUAUUUCUAGCAAUAAAUUACGUAAACACAUAGCAACUGCUAUGCAGGUACUAACCAUGUCCAAAAAUGACUGUAAGCAGUUUUCCAAAUUCAUGGGGCACACGGAAAAAACCCAUGAGGAAUUCUAUGAGUUACCAAUUGACAUAUAUCAGACAGCCAAGGUUGUGAAGGUAUUAUUAAUGAUGGAGAAAGGGGUUCCGUCGGAGUAUAAAGGAAAAUCGUUGUCAGAUAUCGAAAUUGCCGAUAAUGAGUACAUUGAAGAUAAUUUCAAUGACCCAGAUCAGCCACUAACACCUACAAGUGAAAAUGCAACUGCUGUGGAGCGCGUUGAGGAUGUAAAUGCAACUGCUGUAGAGCGCGUUGAGGAUGUAAAUGCAAUUGUACCAGAAGAUGACAACAGAAAUGCAUUGACCAAAAAUAACCACACCUCCUUACACAAGAAAAAUAAUCUUCUCAAUAAAAGACAAGGUUGGAGAACAGAAGAAAUCGAUUUACUGAAGACUCAUUUUAGAGACUUUAUAAAUAAAAGUACUUAUCCAUCUGGGUCCCAAAUAAAUGACUUUAUUAAAGCUACCAAUUCGACAAGAAGUGUUUUGGUGAUAAGGUCAAAGAUACAACACAUCCUGAAACAAAAAAACUAAAUUCUACAGAUUUUUAAUCCUACCUACCUAAAUAAUUUUUGGUUACAUUUUAUUUGUUUGUAGUAUACAUACUUUUAUUUAAAUGUAUCUUACACUGUAUUACAUACUUUACUCACAAUAUAUAUAUUUCAAAACUUCUAAAUUGAAUAUCAGUAACACUUACAGAGAAACAAGUAGACGCGCCGCGCGUUUACGCUAAU